AUGAUUCGUCGCAGAAUACAAAAACUUGCUUCUCAACCGCCACGUCCCGUCGCAGCGCCGUUAGCCCCGUGCCGAUUUCUGAAUCGCGCACUAAGCUUCACUAGCGCACAUGCUGCGGUGCCUCAGAUCAACGCUAGCCAAGUUGGGCUCGCUGGAGACGGCAGGCAUGUCCGGGCCAUCGCCGCGCAGCUAGAGGCAGAGGGCAUUCUCAAGAUCAAUCUCGGCUUCCAAGACCCAAGUAGCAGGUAUCUCGAGCACAUGCUGGCCAGUCUACACAAAUUUCACAACCACCGGCUUCCCAUCUCGCACAGCGCAACCCGCGGCUGGUUCUGGGAUGUGCGGCCGGCAAAGACGGACUUCCAAGGCAGCCAGCAAGCGCGGUCCGAGACAAUGGAGGAUUUUCCGUGGCAUACAGACUGCAGUUACGAAGACCCGCCGCCGCGAUACUUUGCGCUGCACGUUCUUGCGGCGGACCGCUUUGGUGGCGGCACAUUGUCCGUGGUGCCCGUGCAUCGUGUCGUUGAAAGUCUCGACGAUGCUACAAUUGCGCAGUUGAUGCGGCCCGAAUACCGCAUACGCAUCCCGGUGGAGUUUCUCAAGAACGCCGAGUGCCGGCACAUUGACAAGCCGCUGCUACUGCGGUCCGCAACAAAAGCCAGCGCGGUGAUGAUGAGAUUCCGAGCAGAUAUUGUGACGCCACUCAACGCCACGGCUGCACGGGCCUUGGAGGACCUGCAGAAGCAGCUGAAAUACAAGGCUGCAGAUGCUGCUAUCCACUUGACAGCGGACAGGCUACCAUCUAACAGUAUUAUUUUGAUUGAUAACCGCAGGUGGCUACAUGCGCGUAGCGCCGUGACGGACCCGUGCCGCCAUCUGCGCCGUGUGCGCUGGGAUGCGACUCCGGUUUGGUGA